AUUCACGUCCUCCUCUCAGGACGACGACCACCCAUCAUUACCACCGUGUGUCGUGCUCCGUCGUUCACGAUCACCACCACGUGCGUGCGUGAGUGAUCUUCUCGAUUCGUGGGAAGAAUUCCGAGUUUUCCUGCAGCACACCACACAACACCGCAAUGGGUCAACGGCUCGCCAGCAUCACGGUCCUGCACUUUGACAGCAACAACAGUCCGGGUUGUCUCGUUUGAUAAGCUUUAGCUUCCAAACCGCCCGGUAAAUAGUCCUCACCCAUUUCACCCUCCUCAUACCGGAAUUCGGUGGCCUUCCGAAGGAUUCACCAACAUCACCAACGCACCUCAGCUUUACGGACAAUCACCGUGCGCCGUGCACGAACCGUGAACGAUCAUCGUUAGGCGGAGGCGCAUCAUUAACGAGCAUCACGAGCUACGCAACAAGCCGACGGCGAGAAGGACACUCCUUGUUUCGCUGCCAACCGAACAGCAUCAGUAUUAUUAUCUAUUAUUAUCAUCAUUAUUAACAUCGGUCGGUGUGUUUAGCGCCGUAAGAAGCGAGAGAGACAGUGAGAUUGAGACCCGACAGUCGAGCAAACAUUCAACAUGACGGUCAGCAAGGAGUAUCUGGCCAACGCCGAACCUCAGAAACCAGAGCGACGCUUCGGAUCACGCCACUACAUCGUGUUCAUGCUGUUCCUCGGAAUGGCCAACGCGUACGUCAUGCGCACCAACAUGUCAGUGGCGAUCGUGGCGAUGGUUAACCAGACGGCGAUCGAGAAAGACCCGGACGUUGAGGACGACGAGUGUCCGGACACGGAUUACGGCGAGGAGGACACCUCGCACGAUGACGGCGAAUUCGUGUGGAGCACCAGCAUGCAGGGCUACAUCCUGUCUUCGUUCUUCUACGGCUACGUGAUCACGCAGAUUCCGUUCGGGCUGCUGGCCAAACGGUACGGCGCGAUGCGAUUCCUUGGCUACGGUAUGCUGAUCAACUCGGUGUUUGCGUUCGUCGUGCCGGUGGCCGCCCGGAACGGUGGGGCCGGCUGGCUGAUCGUAGUGCGCUUCAUCCAGGGACUCGGCGAGGGUCCGAUAGUACCGUGUACACACGCGAUGCUGGCCAAGUGGAUACCCCCGAACGAACGGUCCCGGGUGGGUGCGAUCGUGUACUCGGGGGCCCAGUUCGGGACGGUGAUAUCGAUGCCACUGUCGGGGUUGCUGGCCGACCACGGGUUCGACGGUGGGUGGCCCUCGAUCUUCUAUAUCUUCGGCAUCAUCGGCACGGUCUGGUCGGUUGCGUUCCUGUUCACGUGUCACGAGGACCCGAUCACGCACCCGCGGAUCCGGGAGGACGAGAAGAAGUACAUCCAGCAGUCGCUGUGGGGCAACGCGUCCGUUCACAUUCCACCGAUCCCCUGGACGAGUAUCGCCAAGUCGCUUCCGUUCUACGCGAUCCUGCUGGCGCAUCUGGGUCAGAACUAUGGCUACGAGACGCUGAUGACGGAGCUGCCCACCUACAUGAAGCAGGUGUUGCGAUUCUCGAUCAAAACGAACGGUGUCCUGUCCGCACUGCCCUACCUGGCGAUGUGGAUGUUCUCGAUCGUGGUCGGAUGGGUGGCCGACUGGAUGCUGACGUCGGGCCGCGUCAACCACACCUGGACGCGCAAGAUCUCGAACAGCAUCGGUCAGUACGGCCCUGCCAUCGCCCUGAUCGUGGCCUCGUACACCGGGUGCAACCGUGCGUUGACCGUUGCCAUCCUCACGAUCGGCGUCGGGCUGAACGGGGGUAUCUACGCCGGCUUCAAGAUCAACCACCUCGAUCUGACACCGCGGUACGCGGGCGUACUGAUGGCGUUCACCAACUGUGCGGCCAAUCUGGCCGGCCUGCUUGCACCGAUCGCGGCCGGUAACAUUAUCGAAGGCAAUCCAUCGAUCGCCCAGUGGCGUAUCGUGUUCGUGAUUGCGGCCGCCGUCUACAUCUUUACCGCCACGUUCUACAACCUGUUCGGGUCCGGUGCCCGGCAGUACUGGGAUGACCCGGAGAACGACGAGCCGCAGAAGCCAUCGAUCGAGGCGCCCGCCUACACGCCCGAAAGUAAUGGCACCGCCACCAACGGUUCCCUGGCGGCGGCGUCACCUCCGACGACGGCCACGCUCACCCACCGGACGGUGGUGAACGAACAGCAGCAGUCGUAAGGCGGUGCGGACCGCGAGGCGGAUUAGGCUAGGCUGUUUGUAAUAUGCGUUUGUUUUGUUGUUAAAUUUAGGACUAACAUGGGACGGCGGAGGGAGGGCCGACGGCCGAUCCAUUAUACCAAAACAUAUCGACACACAGGGUGUGUCCGCCACCGAUCGUGGUGCGCUCCUUGUGUAUUACAUGUAAUUACGUUCCGUUAUCGAGCUUUGGCACAGGUACAACGCAUUGGUUGUAUUUGGUCCACAUAAUUAGCCCUCGAUCAGCGAUCGAGCACAUUCGAUUGAAGCGGAUGUUUCUGCUCUUUAUGCAAAAUUUUGAUUCGAUCGAUUCCUUUCCUUUAAUGUUUCUGAAUUCUGUUUUUGGAUUUCUUCAGCCAAUCCCAGUUCACUGCGGUUUGGCUUUCGAUCGAUGCUUUCAGUUUCUCCAUUUUUUUUCUCAAAAACCUUUUUUUUAUUUUCUUGGUUGCUUAAUUAUAUACUUUGUUAACAUUACGGUACGAUUUGUAUUUAUAUGCUUUAGAUUUGCUAUCACGCUAUCCCCCAGCCAACGCCGAGGUGCGUGGACAGGUAGUGAUGAUGAUAUACUUCUAGCGCGUCGAGCCCAAACCUGUGUAAAUAUUCGAUAGCGACUAACGAUCGAGAACAGACUACCACUAAUAGGCCAUAGUUUCUUGCUGCCUGCGCGACACACAUAGGGCGUCGUGUAGGGCGUACGGUGAAGAACCUCAAUCUUCCCCGAAGGGUUGUGAAAACGCGUGCAUGCGCGUGUAACGGUGUUCCGAGCGAGGCAGUAGACGAUAGGUUAUAGAACGCGAGAACGUGAGAUCGAACGAACGGGAGGUUGUUGCUUGGUUCAAGCGAAGCGAAGAGUGAAUGCGUGGACAGAGUGGAAGCAAGAAGCGAGAAAGUUGCGAAAGAAAGUACAUACAAAAAAAAAAACGGUGCGAAUCGAAAUCAUAAAAGACACCCCCGUCAUAAGUGGGUCCCGCGCGAAAAACAAAAGACGCCCCAAAGGCGCCCAAAGCCAUCCCCCAUUCGACUCCAAUCCCCAGCACCCGGCAUUCAUCAAUCUCCUUAUUUUUUACGGUGCACAAACGCGGAGCGACAAGAUGAUAAUAAAACGAUAAUAAUAAAAUUGAUACAAAGCCCACAACGCAA